AUGGCGGAGGCCACGUGGGAUGGCAUUGGGACCAGAGCCCUCACAGGCUGCUUAUCCACAGCGGCAGUACAAAGAGCGGACUGUAAACACCACACGAACUUUGUACCACCAACGCAUGAGAUCUGCUGCCUGGUGAUAUACUCCAUCAAUGUGCUUGCCUAUGGACCACACUGUGCUGCGUGCUGCCAGUUUGUGGAUAUGCUGUUCCCAGCCUGCAUAAGCCUGAAGAAGGUCAAGUUUCAAGCCAAGCUCGCACAUGAGUACAUUCAUAAUUUUAAACUGCUGCAAGCCUCGUUUAAGAGAACUAAUGUGGACAAGGUUAUGCCAGUAGAGAAACUGGUUAAAGGUCGCUUCCAAGACAACCUGGAUUUUAUUCAGUGGUUUAAGAAGUUCUUUGAUGCCAACUAUGAUGGCAAAGAGUAUGACCCCAUGGAAGCUCGACAAGGACAAGAUGCCCUUCCACCACCCGACCCAGGGGAACAGAUCUUCAACCUGCCAAAAAAGUCCCAUCAUGCAAACUCCCCCACAGCAGGUGCUGCCAAGUCAAGUCCAAUAGCAAAACCAGUGAUCAUUUCACCUGUUUUGCAUUCCUACUUAUUUUUGUUGUUGUUGUACUAUUUAUUGGUGUUUUAG